AUGACCAGAAGCAUGGAGGCGACGCCUGUUGGGGUCGAAUCAGAGAAGCUGCCGUACUGGCUCGUCAAUGUACCCCAGGAUCGAUGGCCAUCGGAAUGUCCUGACUAUCUCUGCAAUCUCCCUGAGAAAUCAAUAAACACUCUGUCAACACCUGACAAUGAAUAUGUUCGACAAGAUUGGGAUCGGGUGAAACAAAUCAUAGCUUCCAACCGAAUCGACCUGUUUCGACGUGUACCCUCCGAUCUGAGGAGAUACCUUGAGUAUACGUCUUAUAUCGUGUCUAAAUAUGGCUCGGUUAUGAAUUUUGUUGUCCGUGAGCGACUCCAUUGGGAGAAUAACAUGACACCAAGAGGCUCACGGCCAUUUGAGAACCCUGCGGACCAUAAGAUCCUGUAUAACGACUGGCCAUAUGGGGUGGAAGAGGGAAUCAUUCACCUGGUAGUAUGGACGAAGUUUACUUUUGAGGAUGAUCCGGUAGCAGACGAUCUCACCCCUUACGCACGAAAGGAGAUUGACGACUUUGUGGAAUCAACAUUUCGCAGUAGGGUUCCUGCAGAGAAGGUCAUUUGGUUCCGCAACUGGAAAUCUUUAAAGUCUGUCCAUGCUGUAGAGCAUUUCCAUGUUAUGCUGCACCGGCCUGACAUGGAAUUUGUCCACCAAGUCACAGAUGGGGAUAUCCCGCUGAUUGACAAGGGCUUGGAUCAGUGA